AUGGCGGAACGUGUCCCUCCUCCACCUGCGACUAUUCGUGACAAUCUGCAAAUCGGGGAUGUUCUUUUGUCACCUCGGAAAUCCGGAGCAUCCAUCAGGCUUACUGCCAAAGUGGGUUUUGCUUCUUACGAAUCAACAAUAACUAAUGACAUUGUUGUUUCUGAAAUUUGGGAUACGACUUCUCGUGAUAUACAGAAGCUGGUGCAGCAUCAUCAAGAAACUUUGGGCAAAGCAGAUAAUGGAAGGGAUGUUCUGCUUCCCAACCAUGAGCUAAAGGGAUCAGUAAAUGAUUUUCCUUCUGAAGAUGGCACAGACCAAAGUGAAGUUUUGUUUGUUAAAGAUGGAAAGGAGUCAUGUGCUAGAAGUUCAUUGCAAGCACCACUCGGAGUUCCAUUAUUCUCUAUGAGUAUCUCUGGGACCCGAAGGGCUUUGCCUUUGGCAAGUAGUACUAGAUAUGCCAAGUCAUAUGACAUUGGUGGAUUGCUCAAAUCUGAGGCACUGAGGGAGCGCAUGCAACAAAUCGCUUCAUUGGAGGGCCUUGAAGAUGUGUCCAUGGACUGCGCUAAUAUACUGAACAACGGACUGGAUGUCUACUUAAAGAGGUUAAUUAGGAUGACCAUUGAGCUAUGUCGCACCAAGUCACAAAAUAACAGUCGGAAUUUGGAAGCUAUAGAUGAACAGAGAUACUACAAGUUGGUUUCUUUGCUGGAUUUCAAGGUUGCGAUGGAAUUGAACAUGCAGAGGCUUGGAGGAGACUGGCCAGUACUUCUUGAGAAGAUAUACAUGCAGCGAUCCGAGGAAUAA